UAUGUGUCCGCAUCAGCUGUUCAUUCUGAAUCGCGAGAUGGCGAUAUUCAGUGUUUAUGUUGUGAACAAGGCCGGUGGACUUAUUUACCAAUAUGACAAUUAUGUUCCUCGGUCAGAAGUGGAGAAAACGUUUAGCUUUCCACUUGAUAUAGUACUCAAGAUUCAUGACGAGAAGGCGGUGGUUUCGUUUGGCCAGCGGGAUGGAAUCCGAGUUGGUCAUGCUGUGCUUUCUAUCAAUGGAGUGGAUGUGAAUGGCAAAUACACAGCAGAAGGGAAGGAAAUACUGGAAUACUUGAAGGAUCCAUCAAACUAUCCUGUUUCUAUCAAGUUUGGCCGAGCACGACUAACUUCCAAUGAGAAACUCAUGCUGGCUUCAAUGUUCCACUCGCUAUUUGCCAUUGGGUCACAGCUGUCUCCUGAGGCCGGCAGCUCAGGUAUCGAAAUGCUGGAGACAGAUGUGUUUAAAUUACACUGUUUUCAGACACUCACAGGGAUCAAGUUCAUUGUGCUAGCAGACCCUCGCCAGUCUGGUGUCGAUGCGCUCCUGAGAAAGAUCUAUGAAAUCUAUUCAGACUUUGCCUUAAAGAAUCCUUUCUACUCCCUGGAGAUGCCCAUCAGAUGUGAACUCUUUGACCAAAAUCUAAAGAGUGCUCUGGAAGUUGCAGAGAAGGCUGGUACUUUUGGGACAGGUUCAUGAGCAGAAGAGCUACAUGUUUGAUGUAACACUGUUUAGGUUCGACAACCAACUGUAUAUAAUGGAUUAUUUCCUGUUAUGUGGAAUACCCAAAGCAUCUUUGAAAAAAAAAGGUGGAUAAACCAGAUGUGUGUUAAUGGAUUAAGUCAGUGGGAGCAGUUACAGCAAAUGGACCAGAUUUUUUGGAAUGGCAGAAACAAAGUACUUAUUUAUUGGUAAAAAAAAAACAAAAACUGUCUUGUGUUUCUAGCACCAUACUGUACAGUAUGUUCCAACUUUUUCUGUUCCAAGUUACCAUGCCAUUCCACUGUAAGAUUUGAAAUCAAACUUCACAAUCCGGUGUUUAACAUCUUUAUUUAAUAUAAAUGUUUUCAUUGUGUUAUUGAAAAACUUCCAGUUACAUAACACCACAUACAACAUUAUAGUAACAAUAAAGAGGUAGAACCAUGUUAAACUGCCUCAAUUCAGUUGGAGUUGUAAAGCCUCUUUCACAGUUAUCUAAAUGACAAGUUAGUCAUGACAUGCCGGAAGUGGUUUUGACUUAAAACUUGGAAUGAUUAAAUAUAAUAUGUAAAUAAUAAAAUACCUUUUCACCUGUU